GCCGGAGUCGGAGCUGGAGCUGCUGCUACUGCUGCUUCUGUCGCUGCUACUGCCGCUGCCGCCGCCGCUGCUGCCGCUGCUGCCUCCGCGGACGCCGCAGGCGGCCGGGCUCGCCCGGGAACUCGCUACACUUUUGGAACAUUGAUACAUUGUCCCGCGCGCGGCGCGCGCUCAUUGGCCGCCGGACCGGGCCGGGCCACGCGCUGUGCCGAUUUGCCCCGCUCGGAGCGUUCGGGAGGGAGCCCGGGCAGCCCCGCAACCCGGCUCCCAAGGGCGGCCCCGGCCCCGGCUCCGGCCCGGCCCACGCCCUCCUUGCCGUGCGGGCCGCUCCAGGCGGGCGAUGGCCCUGCGGCCUCUCGGGAGUCCUUGUGGCCCGGGGCAGCGGCGGCGGCGGCGGCUGCUGCGGGGCGCCUGAGAGCGGCGGCGGCGGCAGCGGGUGGAUGGGCCCCGGGAGUCCGGCACCAUGGAGGGGGUGCUCUACAAGUGGACCAACUACCUGAGCGGCUGGCAACCUCGGUGGUUUCUUCUAUGUGGAGGGAUAUUAUCAUAUUAUGACUCCCCUGAAGACGCAUGGAAGGGCUGCAAAGGAAGCAUCCAAAUGGCUGUCUGUGAAAUUCAAGUUCAUUCCGCAGAUAACACCCGGAUGGACCUGAUCAUCCCUGGGGAGCAGUACUUCUACCUGAAGGCCAGAAAUGUGGCUGAGAGACAGAGGUGGCUGGUGGCCCUGGGAUCAGCCAAGGCUUGCCUGACGGACAGCAGGGCCCAGAAGGAGAAAGAGUUCACCGAGAACACGGAGACCUUGAAGACUAAGAUGUCUGAGCUCAGACUGUACUGUGACCUCCUCGUUCAGCAAGUGAACAGAACAAAAGAAGCCACGGCGGUGGCUGGCGUGGGGGAUGCAAAGGAGGGCAUUGACGUGGGCACUCUGCUGAAGUCGACUUGCAACACCUUUCUGAAGACGCUGGAGGAGUGCAUGCAGAUCGCCAAUGCGGCUUUCACCUCGGAGCUGCUGUACUGGACGCCCCCGGGCUCCCCCCAGCUGGCUGUGCUCAAGCCCAGCAAGACUAAACUUGCCAUCACAGCGACCCACAGCGCCCUGGAAAGGCAGAUAGAACUGAACAGCUGUGAGAAUGGAUCCUUAAAUACAGAAAUAAGUGAUUCUGAAGAAAUCCUAAUUAAACAUGAGAGCCCCUUAUAUAUGAAACCCACAGAGAAGGGGAAGACCUUGUUGACUAAAGAAAAUGGAGAAGAUCAUUUAAUAGUCCAAAGUGAUGAAAUCAAGGAUGAUGGUGAAAGAGAUACAGAAACACCUCAUGUGAAUGACUUGGAGCCCCCACAGGAGCAUCCCACGGGAAUGAAUCCUGUAAGUGAAUCUCUUGGAGCACAACUGGAAGAGGAAAAGGAAGAGGUGCAGACUUUCUUCAGUGCCAUGAACACAAGUUUUAGCGACAUUGAGCUCCUGGAAGACAGCGGCAUCCCCACUGAGGCGUUCUUGGAGUCGUGCUACGCCAUUGUUCCGGUUUUGGACAAACUUGGCCCGACAGUCUUUGCUCCUGUUAAAAUGGACCUUGUUGGAAAUAUUAAGAAAGUUAAUCAGAAGUACAUCACCAACAAGGAAGAGUUUACCACCCUCCAAAAGAUUGUGUUGCAGGAAGUGAGUGUGAACGUGGCCCAGGUCAGGAACUCGGCCACGGAGGCCCUCUUGUGGCUAAAGAGGGGACUGAAGUUUUUGAAGGGUUUCCUGACAGAAGUGAAGAAUGGAGAAAAGGAUAUCCAGACAGCCCUGAACAAUGCCUACGGCAAGACGUUGCGGCAGCACCACGGCUGGGUGGUUCGAGGCGUCUUUGCACUUGCGCUAAGGGCGGCCCCAUCUUAUGAAGACUUCGUGGCAGCACUGACCAUUAGGGAAGGGGACCAUCACAAAGAGGCAUUUAGCCUCGGCAUGCAGAGGGACCUGAACCUUUACCUGCCAGCCAUGGAGAAGCAGCUGGACAUCCUGGACAGCCUGUAUGAAGCCCACGGGCUGGAAUCUGAUGAAGUGGUGUGACCGCUGUGGGCCGCUGCCUCCUUAACUUCAGGGAAUGAAGCUGGAUCCUGGGCUUCCCAAGGCUUGUUUCUGUCGGCCUCCCUCCCGCUGCCUCCAUCUUCCAACCCCUCUGCCCCGGGACAGUGGGGGGGGGGGCAGGGGGAGUCCCCCCCUUCUGUGUCAAAGCUCCCUGUCCCAUCCCUCGUGUCUGUGUGUGUAAGGACCAAGGUGCUAUGUCCCAGUUCUGAGGGCCCGCCGGGUGCCAGAUAGUCCAAUGGCCCUGACGUGUGUUCUGACUGACCCAGACAUGCUCAGCCCUCGGUGUCCCUCUCUGAGGCCAACAUGGGUGUGAGUUCUUUGACGAGGCUCAGCGUCUACACGGGCCCUUUGGCUUCUCCCAGACUGUUCGGCUGACAGUGCUUUGAAGAUUGGAAACAGACGCUCGCAGAGGCGCCAUCCCCCUUCAUUUGUUUCUCUUCUUUUACCUUCUCUCCUGAGCAUUCUCCUUGUGUCUGGUGGCCGAGACCCCAGGGAGGCAGCCCCUUCCUUUCAAGAGCACCAGACACGGUCCUGUCUGAGGGGAGAUCAGGAAGAAAUGUGAGUGACCACAGUGGUCAUCACAGCCUGCCUUCAUGUAGCGCUCUCCCACGGCAGAGGUCUUCACCAGCAUUCCCCUCUGGAGUAAUGUAGGUGCCACGUCCACUUACAGCAGGAGAAACUGAGGCACGUGGAGGCGACGCUUGGAAUGCAGCUUGGCGGAAGGACGGCCGACCCCCGGCUUGCCAGGCCAGGCCUCCUUAAAAAAGGGAAGCCUGCUCUUUCUAUCCAGUGCUAAGGAGAGAGUUGGCCUGGGAGCCCCUCUCAUUGGGCAGCCCAACCCUGCCACAGUAGAAGUCCAUCUUCAUGUGUCAUGGUCAGUCACACUCGGCAGGCAUCCAUCCAGAAGAACCAGUGUGUCUGCCUCUGUGUCUCAUGCCUGGGUUUAAAGUAAGGACCUGAGAAGGGCAAGGUUUGCUGGGCAUCCUGCAUGGAGACCUCUCUUCAUGAAGUGAGUCCGCCGAGGCCUUCUCUCCCUCAAAGGCUGAUUACUGAACCACAAAGGCAGCUUGGGGACAACGUCCUCAGCUACCAGGACCAACCUCCCUGGAGGGAAACACGAGCCUCCCCUGAGACUCACCUUUUCUCCCAAAGCUUCCUGCAAAAGGCUCUCAUCCCCUAGUGGUGAGGAGGGCGGGUGGGGUUUUCUAAACAAACCAGCGAGCAUUUAGUUGAAAAGAACUCGGGCCCUGUUCUAUGUGCAAACAAGAGUUCCUGGUAUAAGCACGAAGAUGCUGAAGAGACCCCACAGGCUUUUAUUGGGUAGCAGAGUCAACAGCAGUAAAACGCUCAUUGUUUUGUGUCGGAGCGAUCUAGUUCAGCAGCUGCAGACCCAGAGAGCAGUCUUGCCUGCACAUCCUUCCUGCUGGAAAGCAAACAGGCCAGAAGGCCCAGCGAGGGAGAGAGGGACCGAGGCGAGAAUUUGGGCUUCUCCUCUGGGCUUUCCACACUCAGGGGAAUCUCAGAUCUCAGCUUCUCCUUUUCUGAAUAUGGAAACUCGUUUUGUGCCAUUGGGAAGGAGCCUGUCCAUUCACACUUUGCUGGUGCCUGGGGACUCAGAGCCCAGAUUGGUGCAUGGUCAGCAGCUCGGGCACAGGUGGCUCAUCCAGGGCAGGGCUGUUUGGACACCUCGUGCGUGCUGCCUUCGCACACCUCACUCCGUUUUCUGUCCAAGUAGAGGGGGCUUUAUGUGAGCACUGAAGACCGUGAAUCGAGUCUGGGGGGAUAUGCGUGUAUAUUCAUGAGUGUGUGCACACCCCCAUGGAGGCAGCCUGGUGUGGUAGGAGUGCAGAGAACUGGCUUCAGGCCCUGAGUCUGCCACUCACUAGCUGUGUGCCCCUGAGCAGGUCACUCCACCUCCGAGUAUCUCAGUUUCCCCAUAUGUAAAAGAAGGUUGAGCUAAAUCAUCUUUAAGUCUUUUCUAACCCCAAACCUGUGAUCUGUUUUCCUCACCAGCAUGAAGGAGGGUUGACAGAGGCUCAGGACUUCCUGGAUGAAAAUUAGAAACAUCCAGAGCUCUGUCCAACUUUAGCUGAAGAAAGGCCUGGCUCUCUUCUGUCUUUAAAAAAAAAAAAACAAUAAAAGAAUCUCUAAAGCUUCAUUAUAAAAUUCUCCAUUUCAGUUGUGGCAGAACUGACUUUCUCUAAUGGUUCAUAGCGACCCCCUUAGAGGGAGACCAUGAGAGAAGUCAGGAGCAGAAGAGAGGAACCAACUAUGCUGCUUCUCCCUCCUCAUUGCACAAGACUUGCUGGACCUCUGACCGAGCCUCAGCUUCCCAGACUGCCUUUCCCCAGUUUACGGGACUGAUAGGUCUCAGUACGUUGUGCGAUUCAUUUUUUCACAAACAUACGAGAGCUUAUACAUUCAGGUUAGUAUAGUCGUCGUCUUGGACUUGGCUUCAGUUUUCUCGUUUCAAGCGUCAGUUUGAGAGUAGUGGCCAAAGACCAUCCUUCCACCAUCUUGACAAUCAUGGGACCUGGCUCUCCAGAGCCACCAUUUGGGGCAGUGAUACCAUGUUUCAUCAGAACUACUCUUCCUCAAAUGACUUCAAGGACUAUUCAAAGUCUUUAGCAUCCGCAUCCAAUCCUUACAUCCUCAGUAGUCCUUGAAAGGUGGACUUUAUUAUUGAACACAGCCAGAAGUCACUCAGAGGUACAUCUGGUAUAUAAGAGAUCCCUGGGUAAUACCAUUGGUAAUAAGAUUCAAGGGAGAUGAGAGAAUUAAAACUCACUUUCUCGCGUGGCUUGCUGGCUCUCUCCCAAGGGAUUUCCAAAACUCAAAGGAACCACUUGAGGCCUCCCCUGGUCCAUAGAUGUGACUCUGAAGGGUACACAUAUAACAGAAUCCUGUAAACGUGGUCUCGUCCCUAAAAAGGGCGGGGGGGGGGGCUCUUGGAAAGGUUAGCUUUUGCUCCUAUGAAUGGCAUGCGUUAACCAAAGAGGGUGUUUUCAACUAUCAGUGUUUAAUGCAGAGUCUUCAGCAGUGAAGGGGAAAAAACAAUCACUUAGAACCAAGGAUAAGGAAGGGCAAUGUUCCCUUGUUGAGGUUUACCCUGUUAAUGGAUGUGAAAAGCAGCUUUGGUCAGAGCUUGCUGGUGAUGAGAACUUUAGACCAGUACCAGAUGUCAGGGAGAUGUCUCUUCAAGAGGAGGACAGGUUUUUACAGGAUCACAAGUGGCUGAGGGAAUUGCCUAAAGCAUUUUGUCACACUAGAAAUGUGCAUGUACCUUAUUGUGGCUCCCACCACCGGGGGCUCGUGGAGAGAAGUUGGCAGCUGGGAUGAGCAUGGGCUCUCUCCUAAGCAACAGAGCUUAGGUAGAGCAUCAUCGCACAGGUCGGUUAAGUGGAUUUCAGUGUCUUUCUGAAAGAGAUCAAAAGCUGUCCCUUUAAAUAGUACUCAUUUAAAGCCACUUGGAGUGGUUGGAGGUUUUCUCCCCAGUGUUAGUCUGUAUUUUUAAAAGGAAUUAAACCAAGCGCGAGCUGGAAGGAAACUUGGAGUUGUUCUUGUCCAGCUUCCUAGUUUUACAAAUAAGGAGACUAAGAUCCAUUAUUGAUUUCAUUGCUAUUCAACAUUUAGAUUUUUUUAGAGAUUUAGAAUUGGUUGUAGUUAACCAUCUACCCCUUCGCGGUCUGGCUCAAACCUGUGGAGUGUUCUUAAUUUUUCUCAGUGCAUCCAUUAAAAUUUAUAGGAUUACCAAGAAAGCCAGUUAUAGAGAAAUCUGGUUAUCUAGGUGUUAAAAAGCAAGUUCAUGCCCCCAGGUUAAGAACCUUGCCAUAGAUAGGCAAGAUGUGCCCUCAGCCUGCAGCCAGCCUGCCCUUGUAUUGUCUCUGUGCUGGGCACUGUUGAGAAAUGAGCUCCGUCUCUGGACUGUCCCUCUGUAAUCUGCUUAUUGCUUACUCAGGGUUUUUACUAUUGGUAUUCUAAAUGCAUAUCUGCCCUAAUCUAGCCACUUAAUGGCAUUUUAAGGUUUACUCCAGUCUCCUGGCGCCCUUCACUAGUCCAUCAGCAUUUUCUUCUUCCAGGGUGCUGAUUUCCAUCCUCUCAGAUAUUCAGCCUGCUGUGCCUGCAUCUCCUGUCCAUCUGCAUGUUUUAAUGGGGACCUAUUAAGACACUUGAGCGCAUGUCUGAAUGAGCAUUUUAUACACCAAUCUGCUACACUUUGAAACACGCAUUGAUUCAUUCCUCCAUGCUGCUUUUCUCAUCUGGCCCCUGGGUUUGGAAAGAAGCAGGUGCCUCUGACAUGGAAAAGUCACGUUUCAAAGGGAGGCAGUUGCCUUUCUCUUUGACGCCAUCCUUUACCUGAAGGGAGAGAAGUCUGAGUUGGAGCUAUAGGAAAAUGCCAGGGGAUCGAGCGGGAGACUCUUCCCUCCCUAUUCUAAGCACAUUUCAUGCUUCUACAAACUUGGUUCAGUAUUUGUUCCACUUUUCUAAUGACGACAGAGUCUACCAUGCACACAAUCUCCAGGUAGACUUCUGUGUAGACACGUUUUGACUCAUGUCUCCGGGGGGUGAUGAGGCAUAAAAUGGUGUCAUAGUGACUUCUUGGCAUCUAGAAAGCUGAUGUGCCAAUUUCCAGGCCAGUUUGAUGCAUGUUUCCUGUAGCCCACACGGGCAUUUCAGUAGGAUGUCAUCAGACAGCCCAUCUACCUCAUUUUGAAAUUGGCCAGGGACAAUCAGUAUCUGUCGGGAGAUAUAUUGCUAAAGUAAAUGUAAACAGACAAAUGGGUGGAGUGGUAUAUAUAUAUAUAUAUAUGGGAAGGCUAUGGGAAGGCCAGGGUGGGGCUUGGUAGAGUAUAUGCCAAAGGCUAAAGUGUACAUAGUGAUAUUUCCCUGCAUUUUUUUUAAAGUAAAUGUUCAGCUUCAUGUCUCGUAUUUCUCUCUUCCGCUUCUGCGGUUUCAUAGUUGAACUUUUUAGCAUCCCAGGCAGUCUCCCAUUUGGAGACGGUCCUGCCUUUCAGAAUGUCAACUAGAACAAUGUCACAUAAAGUCGUUGGUUGGCUUCUCUCCAUUCUCUCUUUUCCUGAACUUUGCCUAGAACAUAAAGUUUUGGAAUAUUCUGUGUUUGACCAAAUCAAAGCUGAUCAUUGUUUUGUUGUUGUGGCUCUGAGCAAGUUCAUCCUGUAUAUCAGUUGAAACAAGACAGGGGUG